AUGGGAACAAAGAAACGCAAAGAGUCGUCAGGUGCGACCGACCAACCUCUGAAGAAGAGCAAGAAAUCAAACAUCACCAAAAACGAUGCCUCUGAAUCAGAGCUCAAGGCCGACGCUACGAUCACUGAGCCAAGCAAGACGCCGAAAGUCUCGACCGAAGGCAAGCAAGACACCCUACAGUCAGACAAUGUUGCGGUAGCCAAGUCGAAGAAGUCACGUAAACGAGCGUCCGACUUCAUGAACGACGACGAGCCGCCAGUGCCAGCAGAUACUGCAAAUAAAGUUGAAGGGAACAAAUCUGCCGAAGAGGUAGCGGAACCAGUCAAGAAAAAGUCAAAGAAAGGCAAGAAGGACAAAACCAAUAACAAUGGAGAAACACUCACUGCUGAUGGUGUCAAUGGUGUGAUUGAGCAUACUGGGGCGGAGAAUUUAGAAACUGCAACCUCACACAAACCAAUUUCCACUUCAAUGCAGGCGGAAGCAGAACGUACCGUCGACCAUGAACUUGAAGAUGGGUUCGGUGGCUUUGCAAGCGAGGAUGACCAGGAGGAUGCUGCCGAAGUCGAGGCGGAUGACAAUGCUGCUGCUCUCCUUGCUGGAUUUGACAGUGACACAGAGGACAAGCAAGAUGACGAAGGCCUCGAUUUUGGAACGAUUCCUCCUUUGCCGAAGUAUAAAAAGACUCAAAAGAAGUUGGAGAAAGCUAAAGCGAAAGGCAACGAUGAUGGUCCUGGAACUGUCUAUGUUGGCCGCAUUCCUCAUGGCUUUUACGAGAAGGAGAUGAGAGCUUACUUCUCCCAAUUUGGAGACAUCACCCAACUGCGCUUGUCUCGAAACAAACGCACUGGCGCGUCCAAACACUUUGCUUUUAUCGAAUUCGCUUCCGACGAAAUCGCAAAGAUCGUGGCGGAGACUAUGGACAACUACCUGAUGUUCGGCCACAUCCUCAAGUGCAAAUACGCCGAGCCAGGUUCUUUACACCCUGAUGUUUGGAAAGGCGCAAACAAAAAGUUCCGAAAGAUUCCUCAUGAGAAACUCGAACGGGAGCGUCUUGCGGCACCCAAGACUGAGGAGCAAUGGCAGAAAAUGAUUGACAAGGAGCAGCGCAGACGGGACAAGAAGGCCAAGAAGAUGAAAGCCAUUGGUCUAGACAUGCCCUUGUCAACCUUGACUGCCCCUUCGGAGGCCUUGAGCCAGAAGUUGGCCGAUCAGGAAGAACCGAAACAAAUUGAGAACGAGAAAAAUGUCUCUUCCCCCGCUAUCAAACCUUCAAGUGUUCUGGCUGAAGACAAAGUUGCCGUGGAAGAGGGCAAGAAGUCCAAAAAGGAAAAGGGAAAAAAGGAGAAAAAGGAGAAGAAAAGCAAGAAAAGCAAGGAGGAUAAAAUUGACAUUGCCUUGGAUUCCACGGCGUUGGAACUCGCUGAGGUGCCAGUCGAAAAGAAGCCUCAAGGCACCGACGCCGAAGAUGAGGCACAGCCGCAAAGCGCGAAUGCGAAAUCCGCUGUCACUUCGAUGGGGCAGACAGAUGAGGAUGCGGAGGCGAUCACAAAGGAGAUGUCCAAGGCCGAGAGGAAGGCCUUGAAGAAGGCAAAGAAAGCAGCCAAAGAGAGUUCCAAUGCCGCCGAGUCUACUGAGGCCCCGGAAACGGCUGAAGAAUCUGCCAAUGUUCCUGCCCCGGGUGUGAUGGCCGCCGCAAAAGAAGAGCUUUCAGCCGACUUCAUCUCAUUUGGUCAAUUUGACGACGGCGAGGGCAAUCCAAAGGCAAAAUCAAGCCCGGCGAGCGGCAAUAAAUUGAAACCUUGGAAGGUCAAGAAGCCCAAGAAGGAACGCAAGAAUCUUGUCAAAGCUCGAGGGCCAAAGUCAAAGCUGGUCUCUACUAAGCCGAAACCAGAUCCUAAUGCCACGGGCAAGAUCCCCGGCCUUCCGCUUCUCGGCAAGGGUAAGUAUGACAAGGCCACGCGCCUAGCGCAUAAGGAGAUGAAGAAGAAGCUUCUCGCUGAGCGCGCAGCCAGGGGCGGAAGAGGUCGUGGUGGCGCCAGUGCUCAGGGUUAG